AUUGGCCCGCUGCGGUGAGGGGCACGCGGCCACCGUGGCGGGCGCGCAGUCGGAGGGCGCCUGGCGGGCCGGCGGGCCGAGGGCUGCAGGGGCAGCGCGCGGCGGGCAUGGCGGGUGCGGGCUUGCGGGCGGCCGCUCGGCGCUGGUUGCCGUGCGGAGGCCACGGAGGGCCGCGAGCCGCCUCGUCCUCACCCUCCUGCCCUGGCUGCGGCCCCCCGGGUCCCGGCGUCCACUGCCCGGGCGCUCCCCGCUCGGCGCCCUCCCCGGCGUCCGCUGGCGGCGCCGAGCCCAGCGCGCACCUGUGGGCUCGCUACCAGGACAUGCGGAGACUGGUGCACGACCUCCUGCCCCCUGAGGUCUGCAGUCUCCUGAACCCAGCAGCCAUCUAUGCCAACAAUGAGAUCAGCCUUCGCGAUGUUGAAGUCUAUGGCUUUGACUAUGACUACACGCUGGCCCAGUACGCAGAUGCACUGCACCCCGAGAUCUUCAAUGCUGCCCGUGACAUCCUGAUUGAGCACUACAAGUACCCAGAAGGGAUUCGAAAGUAUGACUACAACCCUAGCUUUGCCAUCCGUGGCCUCCACUAUGACAUUCAGAAGAGCCUUCUGAUGAAGAUCGAUGCUUUCCAUUACGUGCAGCUGGGGACAGCCUACAGGGGCCUCCAGCCUGUGCCGGAUGAUGAGGUGAUCGAUCUCUAUGGAGGCACUCAGCACAUCCCGCUGUAUCAGAUGAGUGGCUUCUACGGCAAGGGUCCCUCCAUCAAGCAGUUCAUGGACAUCUUCUCGCUGCCUGAGAUGGCGCUGCUGUCCUGCGUGGUGGACCACUUCCUGGGCCAUGGCCUGGAGUUCGACCAGGCACACCUCUAUAAGGAUGUGACGGAUGCCAUUCGAGAUGUGCACGUGAAAGGCCUCAUGUACCAGUGGAUUGAGCAGGACAUGGAGAAGUACAUCCUGAAAGGGGAGGAGACAUUUGCCGUCCUGAGCCGCCUGGUGGCCCAUGGGAAACAGCUAUUUCUCAUCACCAAUAGUCCUUUCAGUUUUGUGGACAAGGGAAUGCGGCACAUGGUGGGUCCUGACUGGCGUCAACUUUUUGAUGUGGUUAUCGUCCAGGCUGACAAGCCCAGCUUCUUCACUGACCGGCGCAAACCUUUCAGAAAACUUGAUGAGAAGGGCUCGCUCCAGUGGGACCGAAUCACCCGCCUGGAGAAGGGCAAGAUCUAUCGGCAGGGAAACCUGUUUGAUUUCCUGCGCCUGACAGAAUGGCGUGGGCCCCGUGUGCUCUACUUUGGAGACCACCUCUACAGUGAUCUGGCGGAUCUCAUGCUGCGGCACGGCUGGCGCACAGGUGCCAUCAUCCCCGAGCUGGAGCGCGAGAUCCGCAUCAUCAACACAGAGCAGUACAUGCACUCGCUGACGUGGCAGCAGGCGCUCACAGGGCUGCUGGAGCGCAUGCAGACCUACCAGGAUGCAGAGUCUCGGCAGGUGCUGGCUGCCUGGAUAAAGGAGCGGCAGGAGCUAAGGUGCAUCACCAAGGCCCUGUUCAACGCUCAGUUUGGGAGCAUCUUCCGCACUUUCCACAACCCCACCUACUUCUCCAGGCGUCUCGUGCGCUUCUCCGACGUCUACAUGGCCUCCCUCAGCUGCCUGCUCAACUACCGUGUGGACUUCACCUUCUACCCGCGGCGCACACCCCUGCAGCACGAGGCACCACUCUGGAUGGACCAGCUCUGCACCGGCUGCAUGAAGACGCCAUUCCUCAGUGACAUGGCCCACAUCCGCUGAAGGCACCUUUAUUGUCUUGGAACAGGUCCAGCCCCUCCUGCCCCACCCACUCUGGGCAUCUGUCCAGACAGGCAAUAAAAGUGGUCUCUCCCCUG